AUGGCCAUCCUUCUAAAUAGCCUUGCAGCUCUACAGUUCAAGGCGGGCAGCUUUAUAGCUGUGAUUGUCAUUCUCAUUGCUUUGGUAGCAGUGGCGCCUCUUCUUGGUCGUCUGGCUCCCCCUCGAGGUGCUCCCAGGGCUUUCGGCGGGCACGGCGGACUCAAUUCACCGACCUUUACAAAGUCUCGAAACGAAUACCUUCGACAUGGAAAGGAGCAAAGCCCAGACAAGCAGUUUAGCUUCUGGCAUGGUCCAAACCACAUGGUUUCUGUCUCUGGGGACGUGGCAAGGACAGUCUUUUUGACGUCGCGAAAGCUGAAUGCUCUGGCCGCAUUUGCCACUUUGUCUGGAAGCUUCCUUAAGAUUGACAGCCUUACUAACAGCUAUGUUCGACUUGCACUGCUCACGUUCAAACGAUGUGCGCAGGAUGAGCACAUUGAGGUCAACCUACCUCGUUUGAUCGAUGAUAGCCGCCGAUUCCUCGAAACCAUAGACCAGUCUGAAGCAUGGGAUCCGGUGGAAAAUUUGAGUUACCUCAUGUAUCAACUGACUCACCGCAUGGCUGGCACUCAUGAUAUUGCCAACGACCCAGAUCUGGUGGCCAGGACAAGGGAUAUCUACAAGCCCCUCGAUGAUUAUUCUCUCUUUGAGAUAUGGUUUCCAUUACUCCCCACUCCCUCCAAAUUCAAAAAGGCUUGGGCGUAUGCGAGACUUCACUGGAUAGUCCAAGGGUUCAUCACCGACCGGCGUAGGACGGGAAGGAGGGAAAGUGAUGCCAUGCAGAUGAUGAUGGAUCAGGAAUUCACGGACCCAGUGAUCACUGUCGCAGUUAUCGGUGCCAUGCUAGCAGGCGUGCUCAACAUGACGGUCAAUGGUGCAUGGAACUUGCUCUACUUGGCUCAUAACCCCAACUGGUUAUCCAAGCUCAGGACCGAAGUUGACCAGGCUAUUGUAAAGUAUCGGCGCUCGGCCAACGAGGAUGUCUCUGAUGUGUUCAAACGUCUUGGACUCAAAGACUGGGAGAGCGAGUUUCCCCUUUUCGAGCAGAUCUUAAAGGAGACUAUGAGAUUCACAAUGGCAGGGCAAAUUGUGCGAAAGAACAUCGGCAACAAGGGUGUCUCAGUUGGAGACACAGAUUUUGUCAUUCCAAAAGACAGUCUUGCGGUGUAUUCUGUCGAAGACGCCCAUAUGGACCCUUCUGUGUACAGGGAUCCUCUUGAGUGGGAUCCCAGUCGAUACGACAAGGGCAAAGAUGAGGGAUUGCAAUCUCCACACUCCUUUCUUGGUUGGGGUUCUGGAAACCAUCGCUGCCCGGCUAUGAGAUUCUCCAAACUCAACAUGCUAGUACCCACGGUUAUGCUUGUGGCUCUGUAUGACUUUGAGGUGUGCAAUGAUCAAGGUGAAUCAUCCAACGAGCCACUUCCGAGCUUGAGUUAUGAUGGGGUUGGAUCAGGGCGGCCUACGGGUAAAGUGCACGUGAAAUUCAGCCCAAGAACAAGGGAGGGCGUAUAG